AUGGAAAAAAGAAAACAAAAAAAUGACAUUUUAGUAUUGCAAAAAGAUAUAGAAUUUAAUGAAACAUUUCUUGAAAAAGAUGAGAAUGGAAAUUUUAUUAAUGGUGAUAAAGCUAGCGAUUUCAUAAAAAAGUUAACUAAACAUAAUGUAUCAAUUACGUCACUUGAUUUUAUGUUUAUAUGGGCAUAUGUUGAAGAAGAAUCUUUCCUUCAUGAAAUUGCUAGUAUUCUUGAAGUAAAAAAACCAUAUACAUUAAGAGAAUGGUUUGCAAAUGAUAAAAAAUUUCUAAGUCUUGAUAUAAGAAAUUAUAAAUUUGUCAACGAUAUAAAAAGAUGUGUAGGUUGGGAUGAUGUAUCAGGAUGCAGUAUUAAAAAUUGGACAAAAUAUUGGCUUCCUUCAUAUAUAAAAAAUCAAAAAACAUCAGAAGAAACUAGAAAAAACAAGAAAAAGAAAGAAAAUUGA